AUGAUGAGUAUCGACCUCUACCUACUGUCAGAGACAGCCUCUGGGUAUGCUCUAUUCGUACGUGACCAGUACGAUGAGCUUGGAAACAUUGAUGAUGGGGCCGCUCAGACUGACAGCAUCAAGGACUUCAUGAGUCUUGUGAAGCUCCGAGCCUUUCUGCCAUUCACCUCGGCUGAGGUCGCCCUUUCCAAUAUCAACGCCAUCGUGGCUGGGGAGUGCACGGAGGAGUUGAGGGACUUCUUGUCGAUGCAUUUGACGCAGAGUAAGAAAAAGAAGAAGGCGGCUGCGUACAAGUUGGGCGUUGCCGACCCCAAGCUCGGCGAUUCUCUCAAUGAGCUCGGCUUCCAGGUCACCUACUCACAGUCUGUAAGGGACAUGCUACGUGGAUGCCGUCAACACGUAGCCAAGAUGGUCAAGAUGGACGAGUCCGAUCUUGACAAGGCUAGGUGUGGUUUGGGCCACGCCUAUUCUCGUAACAAGAUGCAGUUCGACCCGAACCGUCAGGAUAAGCCCAUUAUCAAUGCCAUUGCUAUCCUCGAUGGUCUUGACAAGAACAUCAACACCUUUGCCAUGCGCGUUAGAGAAUGGUAUUCAUGGCACUUCCCCGAGAUGGCCAAGAUCGUCACUGAUAAUGAGGUCUUUGCCAAGCUGGCUUGCCUUAUCCGACUCAAGGACGAUUUCGACUGGGAUAACAGGAUGCCUGAGGUGAUAGAGGCUUGCGGUGGCGACGAGGAGACUGCUAAGGAGCUUGAGAAGGCUUGUCGCACGUCAAUGGGCCAGGACAUAGUGGAGAUGGACAUGGCCAACAUCGAGCACUUUGCCGAGCAGGUCAUCUCUCUGUCGGAGAUGCGUCGCAACCUCACCGACUACCUCCAUGGCAAGAUGGACGUUGUGGCACCCAACCUAGCCGCUCUCAUUGGGGACACUGUUGGCGCUAGGCUCAUAUCACACGCUGGCUCCCUCACUAAUCUGGCUAAGUACCCUGCCUCUACUGUGCAAAUUCUGGGUGCUGAGAAGGCGCUUUUCCGUGCCCUCAAGACUAAGGGUAACACCCCUAAAUAUGGUCUUAUCUACAACUCUACCUUCAUCGGUAAGGCCAACCAGAAGAACAAGGGACGGAUAUCUAGGUAUCUCGCUAAUAAGUGCUCCCUUGCUUCCCGUAUCGAUUGCUUUUCGGACCAGCCCGUCGGAGCCAAUGAAGCUUGCACUGUAUUCGGUGAGAAGAUGCGAGACCAGGUAGAGGAGAGGCUCCGAUACCUCUCCACUGAGGGUGUUAAGCCUAAGAGGAACGUUGAUGUCAUGCGUGAGGCCAUGAAGGAGGUUGAGGAGAUCCAAGAGAACCAGAAGGAGGCCCCUCCUGCCGCGGAAGAGGAGGAAGUUGUGGAGAAAAAGAAGAAGUCGAAGAAGGCCAAGAAAGAAAAGAAGCGGAAACACGCUGAAGUUGAGGAGGAGGAGGAAGAAGAGGCUGCUGAGCCUGAGGAGGAGGAGUCUCCUAAGAAAAAGCAUAAGCAUAAAAAGGCCAAGAAGCACAGCACCGAGUAGUGCCUGCUGCUCUUCUCUACAGUGCAGAGAUGAUGAGUAUGGAACCUUACCAACGUUGAGGCCACUGUCGAUCGUCAAUACGUAUCUCCAUCGUCAUCAUCAUCGUCUUCACUUAACGUUAAUUGUUACUCUUCUA